GCCCGCCUGAGUAGGAACCCUAGAGCGCCUACAUAUUAAUCCAGAAGGGUCCUUCUCCUUCGGACAACCAUGAUGGUGGCAAGUCACGACGUCGUUUGCAGGCCCAUGAUUUCUUGUACCCAGCUCACUACAUUGUCAGACCAAACCAUGAAAGGAAGAAAAGCUCCACCUAGUCACUGCUUAAUUAAAAUUGAGUCCUUCUCGUUGCUUUCAAAGGCUUCAGUAGAAAAUUACACGUCGGAAGCGUUUGAAGCAGGGGGCUAUCAAUGGACUCUAUCCAUAUACCCGACCGGAAGAGCAAGGGAAAAUGGAUAUGUCUCAGUAUAUCUGAAUUUGAUAAUUUCAAGCUCAAAGUCAUUUCCUAUCGGUUUGGAGGUCAACGCCAUCGUGAAUUUGUUUGUGUACAAUUUUCUUCAUGACGAAUAUUGUUCUUAUCAAGACACAAGCGUGAGGCAUUUUCACAAGCUGCAAACUGAGUGGGGUAUCCCAAAAUUCAUGGACCUUCUCUCGUUCGAUGAUCCUUCAAAUGGAUAUCUGAUUGAGGACACUUGCAUUUUUGGAGCUGAAAUCUUGGUCAUCAAGCCUCCUUCCAAAGCAGAAUUCUUAACAAUGAUAGAUGAACCCGUUCCUCUUUCUUAUAGGUGGAAAUUUAACAAUUUUUCAAGAGCUAAUCUAGAAGAGUACGAGUCCGAGUUCCUUGCUGGAGACUACAAAUGGAAGCUUGUUUUCUACCCCAAUGGGAUAAUUGAGGGCAAGGGCAAUAGCAUCUCACUAUUUCUGAGUGUAGACACCUCGUCAGUUCCACCUAACACCAAAUUAUAUGUGCAUUACAUUUUACGUGUCAAGGACCAAAUCAAGGGGCAGGAUGCUGAAACUAAAUUGUGCAAGCGGUACUUCUCCAGCUCGAAUCCCUCAUGGGGAUCAAGAACGCUUGUGCCACUGGCCAAGCUGAAGGAUCCAACAAAGGGCUUUCUAGAAGGAAAUAGUUGUAUCUUCGAGACGGAGUUUAAAGUUCUGGGUUUAGUUAAUUCCCUUUAGUGAUCAAGCCACAAUUUGUAUAAUAUCAAAGAAUUAUGGUAACAGUGUGAAAUAAUUGCAUCUUGAUGUUCAAUCCAUUAAAUAUAAUCCCUGGUGGAAUAUGACCUUUUCAUUGAGUGCAU